GCGUUUCGUCUCCGACGACGCUCUGGACAAAUGGGAUAAGCCGACCGUUCAGGAGUAUACCCUUGACCAGAUCGAGAGCGAGCCACCUCGGCACUGGAUUAAACAAGAGCUCAUCGCUUUCCCGAGGUUUGUGUGCAGUGAAUGCAACCACCCGUAUUUCGAUGGGAUGAUUGAAUGCCAGUGCUGUACAAGGCAUCUAGCGGAAGUCACAGAUCUCUCCGUGAUCGCAGAACCGGUUCGCGUGAGAAGCCUCGCCACCCGAGAGGGCAGGCUGCCUAACAAGGUUCAUCUCCAACCAUCAGCCGGGCUCACGCGGCAACGUGUUCGACGCACAGGGCAAGACGAUGAGCAGGUGGAAAGAGUCCAGAGCACUGCUUCUACCGUCCGAGCGAAGAUCAUCAACCAACAGAAGCAGGCCGAGAGCAACUGCAGCGCCACACCGCAGGCUCGCAUGAACAUUGAUCCUAUGCAAGCCCACAAUUUCGCAAAAGCUGGCUUGAACUUCUACACCAUCGAGGCUCUCCAGCGCUUCGCUAACGUGAGGCUGCCUAAUCGCAAGGGUAAGGGCAAAGGAAAGGGAUCUUCAUCGUAUUACGAUGCCACUGGCAAGCUUGCGUUCCUAUGGGUGCCUGGUCAAGCGGAAAUCGACCUCCUCACGGAGUGUCUGAAUGGCUUCCAUGAUCGAUUGGUGAGAUCGCAGUCCUCAUCAAGGCAGUGA